GCCAAAAUGAUGUUUGCCAACGUCCGCGCUCACCGCACCAUCUCUCUCAUUCUGACAGUAGCGGCAGCUGUGUUUUAUGCCGUUGCUGCUGCGACCAACACGGUGUACAGCACCGACGCGAAGACGUACGUCCCAAACCAGGGCUGGCUCUACGUAACCGCCGACGCCGGGUUUUGGAAGUUGUGCGUGCUCGACCAGUGCGACUGGUGGCAUCGGCAAGAAAUCAAUGGUUUUCGGAUCCUCACAAGCUCCGGCGCGACCAAGCUCUACGCGAGCGGCAGUGUUGUCGCGUCGGCCGCGCUGUUUUCCGGGAUUGCCGCGGCGGUUAUCGCUGCAGUUACAAUCAACGCGACUCUCCGCAGUCGAUGGAUUCUCGGAUCACUCAGUUUGGCAGUGGUUGUCGCGGCUGCGGGCUUGGGCAUGGCGGUGGACCUCAAAGCCCGCCCUGGCACAUGGCUCGAUCUCGACUUCAUCACCAUCCCCAUCACAGUCGACUACGGUCACAUGUUUGCCCUGAUCGCCGCAGGCUUUGUCGCCGUCCUCCUGGCACUGAUUCAAGAGAUUGCAGUCUUCUUUGUGCAUGGAGACCAGCGCUACCUGCCGAUCGGAGCGUAACUCUCUGCCGUAAAACAAUAAAAAAUAAAAAUCAAAAAAGUGAAAAAGUGA